AUGGGUGUGUGUUGUAGCAAUAAGAAUUAAAGGAGUCGUUAACAUGAUUAUGGUGUCUUGUCACCUACAAAUAGAUAAGCAGAGUAGGACGAAUAUUAAGAAUUAAGUGUAGAAAUCAAAGAGAUUUUAGAAAUGUAUUUGAAUUACGAAAAGAAUUCUCCGCAAAAUAAAAAUUUGGGAGAAUCAAAUCAAUUGAAACAUAGUUUGGAACAGCCCAAUACUCCCUAUUUUAAGAAUUCUCAUGACUCUGAUGAUAAAUUUUUGUAAUUGAAAUAAGCAAAACAAGUUGAAGAAUUAGUAAAUGAAAUUAAGAUUUAGGAAGCGUUCUUCUCAUAAGAAUAGCGAAAAGUUACCUCCUGUAUGGGAAGAAAAUGA